AAUAUUUACUUGCAGCGAGAAAUACUUGCAGUUUCAAAAUAGUCUGUGCGGUCAUGUUGCGGCCCCUUGUACGGAUCUCGCUCUACGUCGCUGCUGUAGUGACCACAAUGGUUGUUAUUGUGUUUGCCGCGUUAAUUGCAGUUUUAUAGCUAAAUGUUCCUAGCCGGAAGCCGUUCACAAAUCACCAUUUGGCACAUUUAUUCCAGACUUCCAAAGUACACUUUUUGUCAUAUUAGACUAUUUAAUACGAUGACCGGCACGAAAAUCGCAAAAGCCUCUGAGUCAGUGAUGUCCGCCUGUUUUCCGUCAAAGAUAAAAAAGGCCUUCAAUAAAAAGCGAAAGCUUACAAAAGCCAAUAAAGCUAAGUUGAACAAGCGGCUGAAGAAGAAACUCAAGGAUAAUCUGCGCCACUCUGCUCGUUUCGAGCACGUUUAUGCUGUAACCGGUAAACAGGAAUUUCAGAAGCUGUUUGAUGAAACGGUGGACAAGCUGGGAAAAGGUCACCUGGAUUAUCCAAAGGAAGUUGUCCGCAUUUUGCAGGAGGCCUCUGAUUCCUUUCUGGAAGAUGUCUUUCAAGAAUCCCGUUGGUGGGCCGAAUACGGUAAGAGGAAAACAGUUACCGGCAAGGAUCUUUUGAACGCUUGUGGACAGAAAGCGGCUCAAGGUACCCGUAAGGUGGCCCCUAAGAAACGGAGGAAAUGUUAAUAUGAAGCCGAUUGGUUGACUCAGUUGUAAAGGCACCGAGUGUGGCAUCUUGAAUCUCCUCCAGUUUUGUGUAAUACUCGGUGACAACGAGAAGUACUGAUUGGAUCACCAUUUUUUCAUUAUGUAAUGAUCGAUCUUGCUUUGUCGUACUGGUCAUUGUAAUAAUAAAGAUCAAUGUGCGGAAGCGUAAGAUUCGAUACCUACAGAGCAUUUUAAAAUUAACAUCUUUGGGAGAAACUAUUCCGUAUGCAAGUUACGCUAGAAAGCUCCUUGUUGUUCCGUUUAAUUUGCUACUGACCUUUCUUAGUAAAUCCGCAAAUCUCAAGCUACUAUAGAUUUCGUCACUUAACUGCAGACACAAAUGCAAGUGUAUUUUUUUGCUCCACUGUUCUGUCUACGCCGUGGUUGCUUGCAAUGACACAAGAAAGCGUUGGGAAGAGAAUCCGUCGAUUUUUGGGGGAGAUCGGGCUGCUGGAACCAUUAUGGGAUGCUCCUGUAAUGGCGCAAAAACCCGAUGAAAAGGAGGGAAAAGAGCCCGAAGUAAAAGAUCCCAUGAUCGUUCUCGGAAUAAGGUUCAAACCGGAUUGGGUAAUUCAUCCAGAAGGAAGUCGAUAUUAUUACUGGCUAACUUUGGUAUUCCUUGCUGUUUUAUACAACAUCCUCGUGAUUCCGUUGCGAGCGGUUUUUCGUGAGAUGGACGACGAUAGCCUGGAAACAACAUUUCUGACGUGCGACUACAUUGCAGAUUCCAUAUAUUUUUUGGAUAUAAUUGUCUCCAUGUUUACAACGUAUGUAUCUGAUACUGAGCGGUUGCACGUUGUAGAACCGCGAAAAUUAAUAGUAAACUGGAUAUCCAGCACAGAAGGAAAGUUGGACAUUAUUUGUCUUGUUCCCUUUGACUUUGUAUUUAUCUACACGGGGAUAAAACAGCCAUUUCCGGCUCUGCGCUUCAACCGAUUUUUAAAGUAUGGUCGUGUUUCGGAUUUUCUCAAGGCGACCGAGGCUCGAUCAUCCAAGCCGGACAUUGCUCGAUUAGUAGCUGUGUUAUUCCAGUUUGUAUUGUUAAUGCACCUCAACGCAUGCCUAUACUAUUUCCUUAGCGAAAUGGUCGGCAUUGAAUCCAGCGAGUACGUGUAUCCAGGCGAAGCUAGCUGGCGUAAAGAAGGCACUGAAAACUUGAAUGACCCUUUAAUACUGAAGUAUACUUGGAGCUUCUAUUGGUCGAUGCAUUCGCUGACAAUGAUCGGUAUCACCGUCCAGCCCAAGGAACCCUGGGAAUUCAUAUUCCAGAGCUCCAUUAUGAUUGUCUCGGUGAUGAUGUUCUCGCAGGUGCUGGGCAAUGUCUCGCGAACCGUACUUAACGCCAGCGCCCAUGCCCGGCAUUUUCGAUUGCGUAUGGAUCACGUUAUGGAGUAUCUAGAUUUACGGGGUGUCGGCGGGGAGUUGCGCGAAAAGGUUGUCAAGUACUUUGAAUAUCAGUGGAUGAAUCAUCAGGUGGAAGAUGAGCGGCAUAUUGUCGGCGCGUUGCCGCACCGGCUUCAGUCCGACAUGGCCAUGAAAGUGCAUCUCAACACGUUAAAGCACGUCAGGAUCUUUCAGGGUGUCGAGCCGGGUUUGCUACAGGACCUCGUACUGAAAUUGAAGCUGCAGAUAUUUACGCCAGGUGAAUACGUAUGCCGCAAAGGUAACACGAAAUCAAAUUUCUCUUUCAAUAUACGAACAAUUACUCAUGCAGUUUACCGUAAACAUUCGUCAAGCAGGAGAUAUCGGCAAGGAACUCUACAUAGUGAAGGUUGUCUGGAAGUCGUAUCGGAAGAUGGUUCAUUUGUUUUUGCACGACUUGGCGAGGGAAGCGUGUUUGGAGAAAUUUCUUUACUGAAUAUGGUCGGAAUGAAAUCCGGUAACCGACGAACUGCAAACGUCCGCAGUGUGGGCUAUGCUGAUUUAUUUUGCCUAUCGAAACAAGACCUUUGGUCAGCAUUGGCCGAGUAUCCUGAAGGAAAAAAUCGCAUUUUGGAAGUUGGAAAACAAAUUUUACUAAAGGACAAUCUCCUCAAUGUGGAAGUGGCUGAAAAAGAGGCACAGCGCCAAGAGAAUCUGAUUCGAGCAUUAGAUCGCGUGGUAACGGGUGUUGAUAGCCUUUACCUAAAAUUUGGGCGCAUUACGGCCGAACGUGCCGCUGCGGUGUACAAACUGCAAAAGCGAAUUGCUCGGGCGGAAAAAGAGCUCAUGUACGAAGCGGAAAGACAAAAUCAACAGCUGGCCGGAAUUCCCUCAGUACCUACCAAAUCGCAACCCUAGCCAUAAAUUUUAAAACAUUUCAUGUUGUUUCUUCAUCUGCCAUGACGACGAUGCUAUGACAAAGUGUGCCUGUCUGGAAAAGAUAACUUGUACAAUAUAAGCGAUAAUAUUAUACUGUUCGGUUGGUCGAGCGGUUGCCUUCAAUUGGCAAAUUUUUAGCAAGAUUUAUUAAACAGAACUGUGAGAAUUCUCUGGAAAAGAGCAAACAGCUAAACAACGAAAUUUCAAUG